AAAACUAAAAACACAAGGCUUAAACAUGCUCUCUCUCUCUCCCCAUCUGUCUCUCGUCUGCAGGUAUGUUUUGAUGUGAAAGGAUGCCAAUCCCCAGUCCCAUCAUCGCCACCUCACCAGCUUUUAAGGAAGAGGUCUGCUGGACGGAGAAAGAGGGUCUGUGGCUGAACGUUGUCGUGAAAGAGGAAGAAGAGGAGGCUGUCCCAAUACAGAAACAAGUGGAGGGUGAGGCUGUUACCGUGAAAGAAGAAGAGAAAGACGUUACAGUUAAAGAAGAGGAAGACGCGUUCAGAGUGAAAGAGGAGGAUGUUACUGUUAAAGAAGAGGAGGAUGGGGAGAUGACUGUCACAUUGGAAGAAGACGAGCAUGAAACUGGAUUUCUGGGCUCGGUUUCCCAAAGGCAUGUUAAGGCAUCCAAUGGUUCUAACGAUAAACGUGCCCUGAUUAACACUAGAGAGAGAUGUGACUAUCAUGGAUCCUCUGGAGAGCCUCAACAACAUCAUGAUGCUGACAAGGCAGAGAAGAGUCUCUCCAGAUCAGAACACCUCAAGAAACACCAGCAGAGACCCAAAGGGAAGAAAUCUCACUACUGCUCUGAUUGUGGGAAACAUUUCAAAUUUUCAUCAGAACUUAAAAUACACCAGAGAACACACACAGGAGAGAAACCUUAUAGCUGUACUCAAUGUGGGAAGAGUUUUACUCAGUCAAGCAGCCUGAUAGUGCACCAGAGAACACACACAGGAGAGAAAAGUUAUAGCUGUACUCAAUGUGGGAAGAGUUUUACUUCAUCUGGCUAUCUGAAGAUACAUCUGAGAGCACACACAGGAGAGAAACCAUUUAGCUGUACUCAAUGUGGGAAGAGUUUUACUACAUCUGUUUAUCUGAAGAUACAUAUGAGAGCACACACAGGAGAGAAAUUGUAUAGUUGUAAUCAAUGUGGAAAGAGUUUUACUCAGUCAAAGGGCCUGGUAGUACAUCGGAGAACACACACAGGAGAGAAAUUAUAUAGCUGUGCUCAAUGUGGGAAGAGUUUUACUCAGUCAGGCAACCUGAAAUCACACCAGAGAACACACACUGGAGAGAAACCUUUUAGCUGUGAUCAAUGUGGGAAGAGUUUUAUCAUAUCUGGCGAUCUGAAGGUACACCAGAGAGCACACACAGGAGAGAAACCGUAUAGCUGUAAUCAAUGUGGGAAGAGUUUUGCUACUUCUCGCUAUCUGAAGAUACACCAGAGAACACACACAGGAGAGAAACCAUAUAGCUGUAAUCAAUGUGGGAAGAGUUUUGCUGCGUCUAGCUAUCUGAAGAUGCACCAGAGAACACACACAGGAGAGAUUGUUUACAGCCAGUAG